CGAGGUCUCUCUCUCGCUCUCGCUUUUUUUUUUUUUUUUUUUUUGAGGCGAAUAUCGGUUCUGCUGCAUUAGUUCAUUGAAAACUGAGUUGCUCUCCUGAGCGACCACGCAGAAAUUGCUUUGGCUUUUUUUUUUUUUUUUUUUUUUCUGCUGACUGUUAAGAUCUCCUGUAAGGAACUGCAACAAUGCCCAAAAGAAAGGCUGCAGGUCAAGGUGAUAUAAGGCAGGAGCCAAAGAGAAGAUCAGCUAGACUGUCUGCUAUGCCUGUGCCUAUUAUACCAGAGCUGAAGCCCAAAAGAUCAUCAACUCCGAGGAAAAUAAAGACAAAAAAUGAUACAGUGGAAAAAAACACAGAUACAAAUAUCAAAGCAGUUGCUGAAACCAAGCAAGAAGAGGUUGUUAAAGAAGAAUACAACAAUGAAAAUGGAGAAGCUAAAAUCAUAGAGGCACCAUCUUCUGAAAAAGAAAUUGAGGAGAUAGAAGAAGAAAAAAUUGAAGAUGUUGAAAAAGAGAGAAGAGAAAAGAAAGAAGCAAUGGCCACAGAAGGAAAAGAAGAUCAGAAAGGAGAUGAGGAAAAUCUAAGGAAAGAAGAAGAGAAAGGAGAAGAUGGAGAAGAUGAAAAAGAAGAGAAAAAUGAAGAAGGUAAAGAAGAAAGUGGAAAGGAGGACAAAUAUGGAAAUAAGAAAGGAGAAGAUGGUAAAGAAGUCAAUAAAGAGAGUGAAGAUGGAAAAGAGGGAAAAUAUAAAAAAGAGAGAGAAGACAUAAAAGAGAAAGGAGAUGGAAAACAGAAUGAAGAUGAAAAAGAGGAUGAAGAUGGAGAAAAAGACAGAAAAGACAAAGGAGCUAAAAAAGAGGAAAAAGACAGAAAAAGCAAAGAAAAAGAUGAAGAGGAAGAUGGAAAGGAAGAAAAAGGUGGAAAUGAGGAAGAAGCCGGAAAAGAAGAGGAAGAAGGAAAAGAGGAAAAAGAAGGAAAAGAGAAAGAUGGAAAAGAAGAAAAUGGAAAAGGAGAUAGGAAACAGAAAGAAGAUGAAAACAAAGCUGAAGUUGGAAAAGAAGCCAAAAAAGAAGAGCUGGAAGAAGAAAAUGGGGAAAAGAUGAGUCUCUGAAUAUUGUUUAAAACUGCCUUAUAUAGUUUCAUAAUUUGGUAAUAUGUACCUUCAUGUGUUAAUGUUAAUAGAGAUAAAUAUUUUUAUCAAAUAUUUUAUAAACACAGUUUUUCUUUAGAAACAAUUUAAUUUUAGAACAUCUUCAUACUGAUUUAUUAAGUAGUCACAAAAUUUCUAACAUGAAACCUUUGUAAACUUUGUAAUUAUAGGAGUUGAAUAUAUGGAAAAAAUAUGAUUUUAACUUUUGUCAGUUAAUUCUGUUUUGUGUAAGUUAUGUUAUUAAAUCUUUGAAUUUUAAUUUUACUCCUAUACAUGGUAUAAUUUAACAAAAUGGAGGAUCCCAAAGGAAAGAGUUUCAUCCAACAGUAUUGUGGUUCUCUGGGUUGCUAUAAAAAGGGUGAUCUAUUUUCAUGUAAUACAACUAGUGAUACUUACCUUUCCCAAAUAUAACUUUAUUAUUGCCUUGGGAAAAAAUAAAGUUGUAUUCCCAUUUUUAAAAAGAAACAUAAAUGUUUCAGAUUGAUAGUUUUGAUUAUUUGUGUAUGCACAAAAUUUUACUGGAUUUGAUUUAUCUUAAUAAAAAGAUUCUUCAAAGAUAAUUGAGAUUUGUUAUAUCUUCAAAAAUGUAGUUAGAAGAAUAUUAUAAUGCCUUAUUUUUCUAUUAUAAUAUUUAUGAAAACAUUUAAAUUUUUUGCUGGGAUAAAAUUAACGCUAAGUUCACCAUUUUAAUUAUUUCAAAGUGUACAACUCAUUGACUUUUUGGUAUAUUCACAACUUUGUGCCCAAUGUCUAAUUCCUGAGCAUUUCCAUCACCCAAAUAAGAAACAACAUACCAAAUAGCAAUCUCUCCCUAUUUCACUCCACUCCAUCCCUCACCCUUUAGUCCUGGCAGUCACUAAUAUGCUUUCUGCCUCUAUGGGUUUGCCUAUUUGGGACAUUUCAUACAAGUGGAAUCAAACAAUAAACAUGUGACCUUUUGCGUCUGCCUUCUUUUCAGGUUCAUCCAUGUUGUAAAAUGUAUUAUUAGAUCAGGUUCUUGAAUUAUGCCAUUUCAAUCAACAUCAUUUCACUAUAGAGUUGAGAAAAAAAGUUAUUUGUG